CGAGCGUAAAGCAUCCUCAGCCCCAGGCAGCAGAAAUAAGCUGUGUGACCGUAUUGUUAUUCUUAGUUACUGUUUUGUUCUAGUGAUUCCAAAUACAAGACCUCACAUUAUCACUCCGGCGUGGCCAUGAAGGGUGCGGGCUGAGGCUGUGGUGGUGAUAUUCAAGAAUUCAGAGAAGAAGUGUAGAUGUACCAGGUGAGCAGAGGAAGUUCUUAAUGUAGGAAGAGGAUGCAAAGACCUGUUCUUGUCUGACUGAGGAACUGAUUCAUGGAUGUUUUGUGUGACGGGAGAAGGAAUUUAAGUCAGCCCAUCAGCGGAGACUUAAGUAAUCCUCAGAUGCUUGAAAAUAGACUGGAAAUGGUCUGAUAGAAUUAUGUGCAUUGCCUAGCCGACAGUGACGAAGGGUAAGGCUGAAGCUCCCACUCUAGACAAGCAAGGAGGAAACAAUGAUAACAGGCACAUAAACAACAACCGAAGCAGCGAAAAGUUUGAUCAGUGGAAGUUCACAGAGUAGAAAAAAAUAUCUUGCAAUUAAUGAUGAGAAUAAUGAAAAAAUAAACUAGUGGUAUAAAACGUUCAACCCCACAAGGGAAAAUAGGUACGCUGAACUAGAAGAAGAGGAAGAAAAGGAAAAAGGAAGAAGAAGAAGAAGAGGUAGAAGAAGCUAAUGGUAUAAAUAAUGAUAAUUAUAAUAUAUGUUGAAUCACAGGGUACAAAAAAUAGCUCACACAUAAGAAUGAAACAAUAGAAAACAGAAAAAUACAUAUAAUUCAGAACAAGAUGGAGGCGGACUCAGACCUUCAGAUCAUCGAGGAAAAGAUCGCAAGCCCCAACAAGCUGAACGGGGCCGCUGGUACAAAAGAGAUCUUGGGUAACGUAGGGAAAUGGAUGCGAAGGGAGAACGGAAAGGAGUGGAAAGACGACACAGAGAUGAACGGAACUGACGAAGAAUCUCAACGCCAACAGGAAAAAGAUACUGAUGAAAUGGGGGCGUCCGAUAGGCAACGGCAAAACAACACUACUGAAAUGGGUACAACUAAUAGCCAGCACCAUACCAAUACGUAUGAAAUGGGUGCGUCUAACAGCCAAUGGGAAAGAGUCACCCCAAAGUCAAACACAGGCUCACCCUUAAGGUCCUGGGGGCAGUCCGUAAGUACCGUCACCCCAGGGGCCAACAAAAGCUCACCCAUAAAAUCCUGGGGUCAAUCGACAAGUACCAUCACCCCAGAAUCAAAUAAAGGGUCGCCCAUAAAGUCCUGGGGUCAGUCCAUAAGUACCGUCACCCUAGAGUCCAACAAGGGAUUACCCAAAAAGUCCGAGGGGCAGACCGCAAGCAAGAAAAGCCCACAAAAUGACGUAGCAGAAGCCUUAUCCCAGUGGUGGCAAUCCAGACGUCAGGGCUCACCGCGCAAGUACCACCAGGGCCUUAAGCAAACGGGACUCCUCAUGAACUCCGCCAAGACCUACCCCAUCAUGGCCAGCCCCAGUAAAAAGAGUACCGCACCCCAGACCUCUCCAUCCCCCCAGAAAGGCAGCCCAAGAAAAGUGUUGUUCAGGCACACUCGAGGAACGUAUCUGGAUAGCCUCAUGAUUGUCCUGGAAACCGUCAUGUCGCAGCCCCAAGAUGUAGCGCUGCUGGGGGAGGAGGAUGUGGCGGUGGUGGAGAGGUUCUGUGGGCUGUCGCUGCCGGCCCAGAAGCUCUACGUGAGGCUGUUGCAGAGGAAGCUCGACCUGAAGCGGAUGAGCAAGGUGGUGUACGAGGAUGUCUGUGAGCCGGAGGAAAUGGGGAACGUCGCGCAGGAGCUGGUGGAGGCCGGCUUCCUGCUUAAAGAGGAGGACCUUGGUGGCCUGCUGGAGUUCCUGGAGGUGCUGACCGUGGCUGAGGUGCAGGAGCUGUGCAAGGAGAUGAAGGUGCCAGCCAAAGGGAACAAGGAGGAUCGCGUGAAGGCCCUGAUCAAGUUCUCUCAGCAGCAGCCCUCCAUCAAAGACGCCUUCUUCGCUGUGUCCAAGACUGCCGCCAAGCCCUCACCCUCGCCGCUGUUCAAAAAGGCGCGUGAGAUGGCUGGUCCGUGCCUGAAACUCGAUGGUCAGGUCCACCGCGUGUUCCUACGAAUGCUGAUGCUGUAUGGGCUGCCCUCCUACGAUGACAUGGAGGAGGGAGGUCCCCAGGCCGCCCUCACCGCCAUGCUGCUCAUCAACAUUGGCAAGAUGAGGUUCCCUGCUUACACCGUCAACAGGACCAGGGUGAUAUUCAGGACACAUGAGGACUUGCUGAGGUUCGAGGGGUGCUGCCAUAUCCACCAGGAGCUGCAGAAGUGUAUUGAGGGCAAGAAGCUGGAGGAGGCGCUGCAGCACUGUCGGGUGGCCAAGGACACCUACCUCGAGUUGAGCAAGGAUGAGGACCUGAUCCAUCAUGACCACUCGCUGCCUCGGUUCCUGCGCCGCUUCACCGCCCUCUCCCUCCUGACGUACAUGCUAAGUGUGAUGGUGGACCUCCUGCAGAAGCUCCGUCAGUACGAGGAAGCCGUGACCCUGCUGGAGGAGUUGCUGGCCCAGGACACGCACCUCCAGGACCACCGGGGGCUCUGGUACACCCGCCUGGCCCUCAACCUCCACUCACACCUCAGGAAACCAGCAAAGGCGCUGGACGUCAUCGAGCGUGGGCUGCACGACCCUGAGCUGCAGCACGCCCACCGCCUCACCCUGAGCUGCCGGGCGCGGCGCCUGGCCCGCAGCGACGCCCUGGCCCAGCGCGUGGAUGGCCUGCCCCUGGUGGAGCCCGUGGUGGUGCCCAAGGUGGUGAUCCAGGGACGCAGCGUGCACGGGGACAUGCCGGGCUACAAGAGGGCCUUCAUCCGGCAGGGGUCGGACCGCCACGCCGGGGAGGGCACCGUCACCCUGUGUUCAGUGGAGGAGCUGGUGAUAGGACACUACCAGCAGAUGGGGUACCCUGAAGGCCUGCACAUGGAGGGCACCACCGUCCGCUCCCUGUUCGGGCUGCUGCUGUGGGACGCCCUGUAUGCCCCGGUGCCCGACGCCUUCAGGUCCCCACACCAGGCCUCCCCCCUUGACCUGCUGGACCAACACUUCUACACUGCCAGGAAGGAGCUCAUCGACAAGAGGCUGAGUGCGAUGCGUGCUUGGACAGAUGACGAGGCUGACGCUGAGGUGGCGCGGGUGUGGGUGGAGCACGAGGAGGAGCAGUGUCUGGUGGCCUGGAACAUCUUCAGCAGCCUCAGCUAUGUCCAGGGGCUGGUCAAGAGUCUGGGCCUGGAGGUGCUGGCGGCCGUGUUCGAGCGUCUGGCCAAGAACUACAGGCACACUCGCAGCGGCUUCCCCGACCUCAUUGUGUGGAACCCCGUCACUAAGAAAGCGCGCAUCGUGGAGGUGAAGGGGCCCAACGACACCCUGUCCGUGAAGCAGGAGGUGUGGCUGGAGUACCUGGUGUCCUGCAAGGCGGUGGCGGAGGUGUGUCACGUGGAAGCCAUCGGUGCCAAGAAGAUGACCAGAACAUCACCACGCAAAACCUCCCCUAAAAAGCCAUCCCCCAAGAAGUCACCCCCCAAGAAGACCGCCAAGAGACCUAAGAGCAGUGACGACGAGGACGAUGAAGAUGAUGAAGAUGAAGAUGAAGAGUACCGCCCUUCAAGACCCAAGAGGAGCACUAGUAAGCAAUCCAAGGGUAGCGAUGAGGAUGACUUGGAUGAAGAAUACUCGCCCUCAGCGCCAAGGAAGUCCCUCAGGAGAAAGAGUCUGAACGCUGAUGACUCUGGCGAUGACUUUGUGUGCCCAGUGCCGGAGACAAGGAGAAAGAAGGCCAAGAAGGAUGAGGAUGUUGAAGUCGCUCCCUCACGCCCCAAAAGGACUGCCAGUAAGAGAAGCGACAAGGGGCAGGAGAGGGAAGAAGUGAUGAUGACUGGUGAUGAUUCUGUGUGCCUGGUGCCAGAGACGAGGAGCAAGAAGGCUAAGAAGGAUGAGGAGGAAGAUGAGGAUGAUGAAGUCGCUCCCUCACGCCCCAAAAGGACUGCCAGUAAGAGGAGCGACAAGGGGCAGGAGAGGGAAGAAGUGAUGAUGACUGGUGAUGAUUCUGUGUGCCUGGUGCCAGAGACGAGGAGCAAGAAGGCUAAGAAAGAUGAUGAGGAUGAUGAAGUUGCUCCCUCACGCCCUAAAAGGACUGCCAGUAAGAGGAGCGACAAGGGGCAGGAGAGGGAAGAAGUGAUGAUAACUGAUGAUGAUUCUGUGUGCCUGGUGCCAGAGACGAGGAGCAAGAAGGCUAAGAGGGAUGAGGAGGAAGAUGAGGAUGUUGAAGUCGCUCCCUCACGCCCCAAAAGGACUGCCAGUAAGAGGGGAACAGGGAGAGGCAGGAGAGGGAAGAAGUGAUGAUGAUAACUGACGAUGAUUUUGUGUGCCCGGUGCCAGAGAUGAGGAGCAAGAGGGCCAAGAAGGAUGAGGAGGAAGUUGCUCCCUCAUGCCCCAAAAGGACUGCCAGUAAGAGGGGAGCAGGGAGAGCCAGGAGAGGAAAGAAGUGAUGUGUUUUGUCACGUACGAAAGAUUUUUUAAGUUAAGCGUCGAGUUAUCGUUUAUUUAGAGAGAGGAAAAGAGAAGGAAAGGAAGACGAUGAAAGAAGAAAAAGAAGGAGAGAUUAGUAUUUAUUCAAAGAAGAAGAAAGAGGAAAAAAAAAAGGAUGAGAGACAUUUUUAAAGAAGAGAAGAAAGAGAGAAUUUAAUGUCCAGUGACCUGCUAUGUGGCAAGUUUGGCUUCCUAAUUCCACUUUCAGGACAGAGUUAGUUAGCUAAAAGUGUUGGAUUUUCACAGAGUUGUCGACAUAUAUUACAAAAAACUCAACUCAUACAAAAACAGCCAACAAAGCUUACCUAACCAAGAGAACUGGGGAGGCGUCAAAUGCGAACGUACUGUAUUUCCAAAGAGUGUGAGGUUCGCCAGAUAGGUAUGAAACAGUGUAGAAUAGUUUGCACAUAGUUUAUUUUUUGUAUCGGGGUCUCGGACAGAGCUGGAGACCAUUACCAGAGAGAUUAGUGAUGUUACUGUGCUUGUGGCGAGGGUGCUUGGUGGAGGGCGGGCGAGGAUGAUAGUAACUGAGGUGUGUGUUUGAUAGAAGA